GUUUGCUUGUGUUUGCUCGCACUUUUUUAUAUCGUUUGCUGCAUUUUUAACGAUUAUAGGUUUUUCGAGUUAUUGAGAUAAGUUUUAACGUCAGAGAAGACCAAUGAAUUGGAUCACAUUCUGUAUGUUCGUUGAAAUUACGAGGCAAGUCUGCAAGAGGAAGGGAAGAGGCGGCUGUUUUAUAAACUUUGUUAUUGGUUCAAGUUAAAAGAAAAAGAUAAACAAGUAGACCAGAAGGAAUACCACGAGAGACUGCUGGCUGGGAUGACCCACUAGUUAAUUAAGACGUCGCCAUGGGUCCUCUUAGUAUGACCUGUGAGGUCAUAAUGUGCUUGAUCGUAAUUCACGCCCAUGAUUAUGCCCACGCCCGUGACUAUGCCCACGCCCGUGACUAUGCCCACGCCCGUGACUAUGCCCACGCCCGUGACUAUGCCCACGCCCGUGACUAUGCCCACACCCACUUAAGUGCCAACAUCACCAGUGACACCGUCCUAUAUAGUAAAUAUUCAGAUUCAUCAGUUCUUCAUAGAGAACGGCGUGCUAUAGAAAACCAGCAUGAAUAUGAGAAAAUGGAUACAUCGCCAUUUGAAGUACCUGUAAAGAAUAUCUCAGUGGGUGAUGCUAGCGCCAAAGUAUCCACCCUUAUUUCCCAGCUGUAUUACGGAAACCAAGAAAACCGUUACGAAGAAGACACCGACAAGAUCGUUAAGGAAUACGACAAAAAAAAUCGAAAAGCUGAAAAUUUUACUAAAGAAAAUUAUAAUGACAAGCAUGCAAUAAUAAACACUAUCAAUAUCACUUCCCUCUCUGUGCAGUAUCUUCCUCAGGGACAACCAAAUGCAACAAAAAUUAAAAUUCACAGUGAUCGUCUCAGGGAAUACAAUAUCACUAAUGUUAUGACUGAGUUGGAUCCAGAUGUUGACAUUGUUCACAUCCCCAGUGAUAUAAUAGUGUCUGAAGCCACAACCUUACCUAGCUUGUGGGCAGGAACUACAGCCUCAGCUGUAGCACACUUUGAGGGUAAAGGUGCUCCUAAUGAUCUGGAGACAGUGACCGUCAAUAAGACGAGUAUAUCAUCGCCCAAGAUGAACGGAUUUGGCUCCAAUGUUUUUGUUGGUAGAACCCCAGGACCUAUACUGCCCAACACGGAGGAGCCCGGGUACUCCCGUUUGGGCAUCAUCACUUGGGCCACUAUCCAUGAUGAGCGGCCUACCACCCCGCUCUCUCUACAGUACCAAGGUGCCACGCGCACAACACUCCGCCCCACCCACUCUAAGUACCCGCAAUUGCUAGGGGCUGAUCUUACUGUCUUUGACAAUCUGUUGAAAGCAGCAGACUCUAGCUCUUCUACACCUGUUGGAGAUGUGAAGGUUAAUUCACGUACUGAGAGGCCGAUCACCACCACCACGACCAAAUCUUCAACACACGCCAACCAUUCUAGUCUGAACAACGACAUGGCGAUAGUAAAUAGCCUGCUGUCUUUUAUGCUUCAUAAACCUUCCACUGCUGAACCUGCCAUUAGUGCCUCUGGUCUAGUAUCAUCGACGGCGCGGCCACAGGUGGAUCACGCCCUGUCUCACUCCACUCUACAAGAUUUCCUCUCCCAUUAUUAUUCAGCUGAUCAGCUACUAAAUUUAAUGUCAACCUUUUCACCUUUCCUGCCAAUAAAAUCAUCGUCUACAGGCGCCGUGAUGGACAACAAGACCGAGGACACCCUCCCUACAGCACCCUCUGUGGUCCACCAGACGACCACCAGGCAUUACGCCACGUCCUUCCCACUGGAGCAGUACACCUCAAGUGAUGGCAACUUUACAACUGUACCAGCUUUUUCGAGCGACAUUCCAAUUAUUUUCCCAUACGAGGGCCUUAAUGUUAUAACGAAGAACAGACAACCAUUUACUACCUUAGUGGCUACAACAACAGUAAAACCAAUAACAAAGGAUAGGUUGUCAGAUGAAAAUGCUCCCUGGUUUGUUGCAAAUGAUGCUUUAAUUAUAACGUCGACUAAACAACCAUUCACUCGUCCAGCCUCCAGACUAACUACGGCUACACAGCUAACCGAGCAACCAAACACAAUAAAAUCAUUCACUUUAAGUGAGAGAGCACCUCCCGACACUCAACACCGGGAGACAUUUAGCAGGCAGCCCGUACCAUCACCAGCCUCAACCAUCACUGCCACAACACAUGAACUUCUUGGUGUCAGUCAUUUUGUGGAUGCUUCAUCUAGUGUUAUAAACUUCCACAGUAUAAGGCCCACUACCACAACUUCAUCACUUUCAACGGUUUCAUCCACUUCUGUUCUCAUGACAACGACCAUUCCCCAUUGGGAGGACCCCAGCCAAGCUCUAUACAUCAGGACGACCACUCGUAGGCCUCUUCCUAUACCAUCACUUACACCACCUAUUAUCAACUCACUGCUGAACCACAAACCACCAUCCUCAGUUAACGAUAAUUCACGGAAUGUGACACACGCAAGCAGACCUCCUCUCUACUCAUUGAGUAUUGCUAUAACAGAUAAACCAUCACUCAGUAAUUGGUAUACACCAUGGGAAGUUCCAAAAAGCACAGUAUAUGGAAAUUCAACCUCAUCUUUCAUGGGCUCGUCUAUCAGCACACCUCAGUCUAAGGAGGAAAAGGGCAAGCAAGAUCCAACCACUUCCAGUUAUCCUUGGAUGAUAAUUAACAAUAAUAUACACGUGAUAUCAACCACACGUAGGUCAUAUUUCCAGCCAUCCUUAACAACGUCAUCUUCCACUAGUAACAGUAUAGCCACAAGACUUGAUCCAUAUAUAAGGAAGACACCAAUCACAACAGAGCCGCUGGUUACAUCUGACAUGGCCAUGACAACGUUUAAUCCACUUUAUUUCGAGACAACGACGCGCAGACCUUUUGUCAGGUCUCCUUCUACGCCCCGUAAUAAGCGACGUCCUCCUCAUCAACCUUACAACGCGAAAAAUGACUUGACUACCUUGAUCAGUCUCUUGGACUCAAACCAACUCAAAGGAACGACUGCGGUACCUGCAGUAGACUGGACAAGUGUCACUAGAUCACAGCCAGACAUAUCAUCCUCAGUUGUCAAAACUUCGGAUGCAGAGGCAACGAUUAACAAUUUUAUGCCUUUGCCAGCUAAGAACAACGAGACUGAACUCUUUUUACCAUAUGAGACAUCUUCAUCCAGUCACAGUAGCAUUAUAUUAUCUCCAAUGCAAAAUAAAGUUUCUGAAUCACAUAACAUAACAUCGUUUCUGCCUUCAAGUAACAACACUUCAGAAGAUCCAGCUAUCAAAACUACAACACUGCAAGAGGAGGCUCUCUAUGACCCAUCCAAGUAUUGGUUCUCUGCCAUGUCACGAAGACCAUCCACAACCCCAGAGACGCCACAGACUAUCAAGGGGAGCCUCACAAAUUCUUGGUCACCCGAUACUUGGUAUGACUCCCUCCUGAAGACACCAGCAUCACCCACAGUAAGCACACAUGAUGCCACAGCACCCAUCAUCUCUAGUGAGACAUGGUGGGAUCUACACAGAACCUCCGAAAGCAAAUCUAGGAUGACUUCACCGUCUCCAGUUUUAAAAUCAACUUCAUUUAAGCUCAAAGAGCCCGACCAAGUGCAUGAUGUAAUUUCUUCAGAUCCUAUUACCAACGAAAUAGCUAAUGCCAGUGCUUCUUUCUUAAAUCAUAGCACAAGUAACAGGAGCCCACAAACACACUCAAGCUCCACUCAGCCCUAUGCAGUUUUGCAUUCAGAGUUUUUUAAGCAUUCUUUCAUAACAUCCGCAACCUCUUUUACGACAGAUGGUGCGUUAUCUUCCUCUAGUAAUUAUCAAGCACCUCUUGUAACUUUACCUCAGAUUAAGCUCACAAAGACAAAUUACUUACCGAACACAUCUGUCUUGAACACAGAUUUUGUCCAGAACGUUCCAUCGUGGCGACCAGGACCACAAUUUUCCAUGCAAAAUAUAACUGCUCUGACAACGGCGGAUACAUGGGAUGAGAGUUAUGUAAAUUACGCAGUGACAAACUCUUCACAUGUCUCUUUAGCAGGUGGCGGCCCUCUGAAUGUCACGUCGCCCUCAACCACCUCUGGCUUCUUGGUUACCACAUUGUCAAAUGGAUCAUGGGAGCCACCUGGGGCCAAGAUAAAUGAUACUAUACUGCGGAUUCCUCUAGAUUACACUUCAGGUGUUGCUGCCACUACUGAUAACGUUUAUGCGAAUGCCUAUAUGAACUCUACAUCAGCUGUCUUCAAGCCUCACGUGCAGAAAUUACAGCUUCUCAUGAAUGCUGCAAAAAAUAUUCUGCCUCAAAACAUAUCUGACACAGAAAUUCUGAACCAUAUAAUCAACAUUAUAAAACAUAAACAAACACCAGUACUAAAUAUAAAUCAGUUAGAGAUUCCCGAAACAACUCAGACAACCAUCAGACCUCAACAGGUCACAACACAACCCAGAAUGACACUUAGAGACUCUUCUAAAAUCACCGUUACAACAGUCACACACACGGUCACUUGGCUACCUGGUGACCAUGUCUCCUUGCCCAGAGAACCACAGUAUGCACAGAUUACUGUCACGCAAAGUACGUUGGCCACCUCCGUUCCAAAGGUACAGUUUUUGACGCCAUCAACGACAGUCUUCACCAGCUCCGAGCCAGCGUGGUCUGCCACUCUCGUCUCCAUCCACCCACAACAAACAUAUCUUGUCGCCCCUUCUUCUGUCACGUACUUUCACGGAGACUUGGUCUCUCUUCAGGCUGUUACUGUGCUGGAGACGGGAAACUCACAUGACCCGUUCAGUGAUCCAAGUAAUGUGGUUACCACGAUUCCCACCGCCAGUGUUGAACAUCUUGCCCUCAUACCUUCAGCAAUAUACAGUUCUCUGACCGAGAGCAUGCAGUCUUUUCUUCCUGAUGCUAAUUCAGACAUCAGCGCUGUCCAUGGCGCUCUUACCAUCAGACCAUCGGCAUCGUCUCUAUCAUUAAACACUUAUCGACAGCACCUGUCAAAAGAAGCAGCCACAGAGAUGAUCGUCUUUCAUUCAAGUUUUGGUGAGGUGAUGGUACCUUCCUCAGCCUGGAUUUACUUCAGUGAUCCCUUAGCUAUGAGCGCGACAGCCACCACCAUCCCUAGCACACCACCACAGGAUGCUCAUGCGUCCCUCCCCUCUUCCACGACUGUGUAUCAACCGACGCAUAAUAACUCUGAUUUCGUUGCUCCGCCAGGGACCGCGGGAGUUUGGCCGGGGUUUCCCCAAAGGGGCUCCUACCCCAUCCAGGCAGUGCACUAUCUUGGUGGGGGACAAGGAGCACAGGCGGACACGGGAAUUAACAGUAAUAACCUGACCAAUGGUGUACAAGAAACGUAUAGUGGCACUACUCUUGCAUUUAAUCCUAAACUUUCAAUUGCCAACAGUGAGAUAACACAGACUUUUAGCAACAUCCCCCAGCCACACAUACCCACGACACAUCUUCCCUCUGACUUCAGUAACCAGAGACCAAGUGUAACUGAGAGUGCGGAAAUACCUCAUCAGUUUCAAAACAGUGUGAACACAAGACUGCAGCGAAUCACUGAGACCAACUUGCCUGGCAACACUAGUGAAAACUCUAGUCAGGGAGUUAUAAACGGUGAAGUAACACUGGGUGUACGCAACAUGUCCUCGGGCCACGUGGUUAACAACAAACCAAUACAGACAUCUGACAGCUCAAGUUUGUUCCCCGACACGAUCAACAGCGGCAUCCCGAACCAUCUGUCUGUAGAAUGGGUGAAGAAGCAGAUCCAAGAGUACCUGGCCACCACAACCACCACCACACCACCUCCUACCACUCCUCUUUACAAUAAUAUACAUGAAUGGGUUAUGGGUUUACUGAAACACAGCACAACGACACCCAGACCAACUACAACCACAAUAACUGGAAUAGACAUUAAAAUUCCACUAACUUUCGUAAACAAUUUACUUUCGCAGUUGAAGGUCUUGGAUACUUUCUCUUCUUCACGUCCUACAAUGAACAAGUUUCUUUUGAGUCCGAUUAAUCCACUCCACACGGUCAUAAAGAACCUUAUGAAAGCAACCCAGGGAAACCUGAGUGAGGCCAUGGUCCUGGUGUCUUCUCUGAGUACUACAUUGAGCCCCAGCACGGCCUCGAUACCAACUGAAGCCGGAGUCAUCUCUCCUCCAACUUUAUCUACUGAGAUUCUGUUACAGGAAACGUCUAUGCCUUAUUCACCUGAUUUUCACACUAAUUUUCCUGAGCUCGGCACGACACUUCACGCAAACUCUUCAUCGUUGACUACAACGAGCACAACACAGAGAGACUCGGUUUAUGCAUUAAGAGACUCAACAGGAGUGACUCCUUUACCCACCUCUUUUCCUUAUGUGACCACCUGGGCACCUUCGGAUAUCCUGCAGACUUUCCAGUCAGUGUCUGACUGGGAAGAGAAUAUCCCGGGAGAGCUUUCGUUUACAGAGAGCAGCAAUUCAGAGAAUGAGGCAGACUUCUGGCAAUCUUCUGUUGUUCCUCAGCUUCACCAACAUUCAGACGCAACCCAGGAUACUAAUAGCAAGAUACAGUCACAGAAUGAAACCACUCUGAGAUCGGAGAUGAAAGAAGAUCAACUUUCAAGAGUAUCGAACGAAAUUCUCACUACGUAUUUGACAGACAAAGAGACUAGUGUCAACGCCCAUGAGCAUGUUUUUUAUGAUAAACAUAUGCAUCAAACUGAAAAACGAACCCAAAAUAACAUCACCGAAGCCUACCUAGCUGACUCUCAGGUCAAAACACCUCACAGUAAAUACAUGGAGGAGUGGAUGGAUAUUCUGGCGUCUGUCCUUAAUACCUCCAACCCCAACGCCUCCAUCGCUGCCCUUGGCCACAUGACAUCCGAGGACCUGCUUGCUGUGGUGAUGCUGAACGCUGUUCUUGAAAGCAAUAGGACAUACGAAGAGGUGUACCCUGAUCUGGCUAUUCUGCGGCAAGUCUUAUUCCAACUGAGAGGAAACAGUAAAUUCUUUUAUCCUCAGUCAAGCACUGUUGAUGUCACUGAUCAGUCGUAUGCUGACCUCUUGGCUACGCUUCUUAAGUCCAAAUAUGAGGACAGGUAUCCUGCUGCUCCAUCAGAUGUUCAAGAAAAUUAUGUAGAUAGUGAAUCAUAUGAACAGGGCGAUGAAAUACAUAAUUCAGUGACCUAUCCAUCUUUGUUUUAUUCUUAUUUGUCUACACCUACACCUGACAGUUUCCCUGCUAAACCCAGCGUGCCUCUUUCUAUUCACAAGCCUAGCCAGCCCAGUCAGAGGCCCAUUCAAGGGCUCAAUUUCAGGCCUGAACAGUCCAGUCAAAGACCCAUUCAGAAGUCAACUCAGAAACCCAUUAAGGAGCCUGAUCGGAGGCCUCUUCAACAGCCCAGUCAGAGUUACACUCAAAGGCCCACCCUCUUCCCCAAUAAAUCGCUGGAUGAGACUGGCGGUGCCAUCUUGCACUUUCCUAAACCCGUCUUCCUACCCCUUAACACUGAUGAUUUGAUAGCCACGGCUCAGUUCCAAGCGGAUCCGUUUCAUACAGAGGGUUACGUCCAAGAAAUUCUGCCUCUCUCCCCCACUCCAACCUAUGUUGUAACUCCAACGACGGUGAUAGUGACGGAGGCAGCACCUGCAGUACUUGACCUCUCCUCAGUUCGGCCCACCAGCGUAUUUUCCCAGCUGCAGGCAGAGUCACCGCCGAAUUCCAACGGUAACAUGCAGCAGAUAAAAGCUGCCCAGACAUUACGUUUUCAGUAUUCGUUAUCAGCUGAUUCAGGUGGUACACAGUGGCCAUUAGCGUCUAAUACACCAAUGAGGGAGCCAUCACAGGCUUCCUGGGGUCCCUCUAUUACUCCCGGUGAUCCUGUAACUAGCAUUAUCACAGAGGAGUCUCUCAUUUUUCCCUCUCUCUGGUACACACACUCACCAACACCUGUUCUCACUCACAGCUCAGCAACACCUCAAGUGGAACAAGCAAUGUUUUCCUCAUCUUCAUUUAAUCGAGAGAAGAUGUCGAGUUCUUCUGUAUCGAGUGAUGAAAGCAACUCUUUGUUGUUUGCUCUAAAACCACCUCAAAUUGAUAUUCCUCACUUGUUAUAUUCUCACUAUGUAUUUGGCUCUCCGAUUAGACCCACGACGUACCCUGUGAGAUUCCCAUCAUCUAGUCUGCCAGUAAACCAACAGGAAGGACUUUAUACCAGAUCGGCAACAACGUGGGAAAGACAAACAGUCACCGAGUUCAUUUCUAACUCAUUAAUCCAGGGAGCAGUGCACGUGAGCCGCCAGCCUACCGAGCCUCAGUUGAUUACAGUCUCCAGCAUCAUUCAGAAACCUCUGUCAAGACCAGCUGAUCAGGUUACAAUUCACUCUGCCUUCCUGCAAGAUGAGUACGGGUCUUAUACCCAGGGUGAAGUAAACUAUGAUUCACUCUCUCAGUCGGAGGAAGAAUCUGAGUCAUUCUAUUACCAAGAUGAGGAAGAAUAUGGUAAACUCUCUGACUUCCAGGAUGACCAUGAUGAGUUAAGUAAAGUUCCUGUGGGGUGGGUGACAUCCUUCACUCCUGCGACAUUCUUUGAUCUGAAUGCAACUCCGCUAUCCGAGAGCUUAAGAGUCACAAAAGAUAUAAGUGAACCAUUGACUCUUUCUCCUAAUAUCCAGCCUACAGCUGCUUCAUGGGCAUCUACAGUAAAGGGCAAGUUGCCACCUUAUUCUGUGAUUAGUGGAGAUAGUGUCUCAGGUGGACAAGGUAGCUCCUCAUUAAGGCUUUCUUCAUCAGUCAGUAAGGAAUCUUCAGAUGGCAUAGUGGUGUCUCCUUCCCUAGGACUGUUGACUGGGGAUUUCCAACCAAAGCCUUAUUCCAAUUUGAGUGUAGCUGAACAGACCGUCCUGAAGUACCCUACACCUGGAACACCUUUGGCAAUUCAUUCACCCACAAGUGUUUACCCACAUUUUUAUCAACAACUGGUGUCCUACCCACCUACAAGUCAUUCUCCAGUCACCAGGUAUCCACUAGUCUCUAGUUCCGACUACCCAGGUACCUCAUCGCUUCCGACAAGCAGUUCAUAUCAUCAGUACCUGAAUCCCCAGAAUCCAGAAACUGGGUAUUCAGGAGGUUAUCCAGGUAUUUUCAGUUCUGAAUAUGUUUCUACACCUGCUGAGGUUAAUCACGGAGGGUUUAGUCUACCAGGGGCAUCUCUAGGACAUGCUGGUGGGCAGCAUGCUGCUACCAGUAUUGGCAUAGAAGGGCCGACAACUUAUGCAACACCAGGACCUUCAUCAACCCGCGGCCCCAGUAUUGUACAUCCUGGAGUGGCCACUACGCAGCCUGCGACGGGAGUGUACCGCUGCGGCAGUGUGGGCAGUGCUCGGGUCAGCAACUUCCUCAACCCAUCGUACCCUAUGCCAGACCGCGGCCGAGGCACAUGUACCUUCCGUCUGUUGGUCCCAGACCCGACUGUCUGCCAGGUGCGUGUCGACUUCGUGGAGUCAUCUAUGGUGCUGCCGGUGAAGGGUCGGUGCAAUGGGCAGCGUCUUCACGUCUCUGGUACCAUCCAUCCCAUGCCCGUCAACGACUUCUGCGGCAGGAACACCGACCAACACUUCUACGUGGAGCUGGUGGGAGGGAGAGAGUCUGUGGACAGGUGGGUGGAGUUCAGCGUGGUGACCAGCGUCAGCCAUGCUGUGUAUCGCUACGGACUGUGGAUCACUCAGGUCUCCUGCACGCGCUCUGACCCUCUCCUUGCUGGCAGCGGGUGUUUGCAGUACUUCCUGGCGUCGUCGGGAGUGAUUAAGAGUUAUAACUUCGAGGGUCAUCAGUACCUGAACUCACAGGACUACUACAUCUGUGUGAGGACGGCGCCCGGGGCCUGUGCUCUCUCACUCUCCGCCAAGGAAGGAGACUUCGGCAUCCAGAAGUUUAACUCCAGACUCGUCUCUUUCGACAGGGCCGGGGUGGGAGCACGGGCGUGCACGCGGGACUACCUGUUCGUGCCCCAUCUUGCUAACGCCGCCGUGGGCAGCGGGGGCAAGGCCUCCCCAGAUGGUGGGGAGCGGCUGUGUGGAGGCAAGUUCUCCUACCUCCAUGGUGACGCCCUCAACAGACAGGUCACAGGGUACGUGACGGGACCACUCUACGUGCUGCACUUCAAGACAGGUGAACCAGAGGUGUACAACAGCGUCACACAUGGACCAGGCUACAGGCUCACCUACCACCAGCGCUUCACCUGUGACCACAGUGUGUCUAGAGGCGCCACACUCCGCUAUACUCAGGAUGCUAAGGUAAGGAUGGUGCCUACGUUUGGUCUCGGGCGGAGUGUAUUCCAUCCUGGAAAGCGGAACUUCUCUGAACACUUCCUCAACAUCUCCCUCCUAUCCCCUGAUCUCGUUGCUGGUCUUCCGCUUGGUAUCCCGGCAGGGUUAACUCCAGGUCUUGAGCGCAGAGCCCCAAGACCCCUACCAGAUAGCCCCCACCAUCUGCAGGUUGAUCAAUAUGCCAAUCCUCUGCUUAACUUCACUCAAAGUGGAGUUACUCCUCGCACUGACCCAACAGAUGGUAUUGACUUGCUGCAGGAUGAAACUUUCAAGAACGUGCAAGUCCCCAGUCUUGUGUCGAAGACGCUGCAAGAGACGCUGCCAAGCUUUGGUCAGUCUCUAGUAACUUCCCUUGGCAAUAACAGUGCUCUGAGGUAUAAUGUCUCCGAUCUUCAAGAAGUUUCAUAUCAGCCAGGAGAGGAGCACGGAAGUAAGAACCUCUCCUCGGCUGGUCCGAUUUCUAAAACUGCUGAGGUGAGGAAGGUCGGAGAGACGAGUUUUGGUGAUACUUUCGUAAUCUCUCUGUUACCUGAAAUGAGUAGCGACUCUCAAAGUGGAGUGAGAGAGAGGACGCACGGUAGGGACGCUGAGUUUAGCGUUGUCAAUAACACAGUAGCCACACAUGGCAAUACUACGGUUAAUUCCUUAGGUACUAAGACUCUUCGCCGACAAAAUAACAGCACUCAGUUGGGCGACCCCACCAUUAGAGAGGAAUAUUCGAUCAGACGGCGGAAUUUAAGUACUGACUCAUUAGAGAAUGGCUCAUCUCAGUUGCGAAACAACUCCAAAAAUAAUUCUGGCUCUGCAAGUAAUCUCUCGUAUCUCAAUGUCACGAGAAAUGGGAAAGCAGAACCUGGCGAGUCAGGACAGUUGGGUGAACUAGAAGACACAACCAUACAGGCAGAGAGAGAGAUAAACAAACCUAAGCCAUCUCAUCCCGCUACCCCCUCUAAUGACUUAACACUAAACCGAGAAAGAUCAAAUGCUAGAUUCUCAGAUUCAGCUGCAGAUAUUCAUCAGAUUAGGCCAACUAUGUUUGCUAAGAUGCCUUCCAGUGAUGCAAGAGAGAACUCUCCAAUAACAGUGUCAACAUCUUUCUUAUCAGAGUCUUUGGAAGAGGUGGCAGGAACCGCUAAUGAGGGAAGCUCUUAUUUAGAUGGUGACCUCACUUCAACAAUAUCUCCUGACGUCUCUCCCUUACCUCUGUCUUUCAGCUCCUUACCUACAUUAUCUCGGUCUCCUGUUUUUCCGUUUUCUUCCCUGUCUUUGGUGUCAUCCUUUCCUCAGCAUGCUGAAAGCCACCUGGAGGAGGGUGUAGAGGAGGCAACGACUGCGCUUCACGUUACGAACUCUAAGGUAUCCGGCACCUUCAUAUCACUGGUGUCAGAAAUGCCCAGUACCACGUCGGGAGACGAUUUAAGAGCUGGAAGUAUGUUAGUCGGAGCUGACGCUGAUGGAGUCACUGCAGCCUCUGACUCCGUGUCUGGCGACCAUGACGGCAGAAAUGCCGGUGACUUAGGAGAGACUAGUGAAAAGAUAACAGAUAAAAUGAGAGUCAGAAGGAACGUAUUAGGUCUUGCAGAGGAGCGGGAAGGUCAGGCAGGAGACCUGAUCACCUGGUAUCCUGAUACUAUAAUACAUAACAACAACUGGCCUACCAGAGCGCCAAUGCAUAUCCUUCCUCGUAUAAAGCCACCGAGAUCAGAUCGUAUUAAUGAAGAUGAACUGGUGGCGAAGAUACCGCUGGCGGGGCCACCACCUGCAGCCAUUAUUACCAGUAAACCCUACUAUGUCCUUCCUAUGUGGGACUACGACAGAUUUUAUGGCAUUAAAGAAAAACUUAGCAAAAAUGUAAUUGAAUAUAAUAGUAAUGUAGAACACUUGCCAAAAAAAACAGGAAACCCGAGCACCACAGUGGGAUUCCCAGGAAGAUAUACUAAGGGAAACCCAGGACGGGGAUUCCAACAGCUUGGUAACCUGGUACCCCUACCAGGAAAAGAUGUACCUGGAUACAGAGAGAGAGAACACCAGACUAGUGACCUGGUCUUCUGUAUACGAUAA